CAUUUGUUAUGCUACCACGGAAGUUAGGCUACUGACUAAAAUCAGAGAACCGCAGUGUUGUUACUUACAGGAAAAUACUGUAUUCGUUAUCAGUUGUAGUAUGUGAAUAGACGUUUCUCAUAACAUCUUGCAAAACGCAAAGUCAAAGAUGAUUGAACAGUUGAGAAAGCUUAUUUUCUUAGCUGUCCUCCCCUACCUACUUGUUAAACAAUGUGACUGCAACCUACAUUGUGUGAGACCCUUCUCACAUGUAGCCGAGGAGAUAGCCCGCUACGCAGACGUGGCCAAAAGCAUCAUAGACUUGGCGGUCAAUGGCAAAGCUCAGAACCGCUCUUACAACCGGCUGGCAGACUUCACAGAUACCGUGGGGAACCGUGUUAGUGGAUCACAGAACCUGAACCUGGCCAUUAAGUAUGUGUAUAACGGUCUGCGUAAAGAUGGGCUGGACAAUGUUCACUUGGAACCGGCAAAGAUCCCUCACUGGGUGAGGGGGAAGGAGAGGGCUGUGAUGCUACUGCCAAGGAAUCACACCCUUGCCAUCCUAGGGCUGGGCAGCAGUGUGGGCACACCAGUAGGAGGCAUACAGGCGGAGGUGCUGGUGGUGGAGUCGUUCGAGGAGCUGGAGAGGAGGGCAGGAGAGGCGGAAGGGAAGAUUGUGGUGUUCAACCAGCCGUUCGUCAGCUAUGGGGAGUCUGUUGAGUACCGCGAGCUGGGGGCCAGCAAGGCUGCCAAGGUGGGAGCAGUGGCCUCCCUCAUCAGGUCCAUCACCCCCCUCUCCAUCAACAGCCCUCAUACAGGCUGGCAGGACUACGAGGUGGGGGUGAGAAGGAUCCCCACAGCCUGCAUCACGGUGGAGGACGCCCAGAUGAUGGGCAGGAUGGCCCGCAGAGGCCAGAAGAUCUUGGUCCACCUCAGCAUGGAUGCUCACACCCUGCCUGAUGCUGACUCCUUCAACACCGUGGCUGAGAUUAAGGGCAAGGAGCACUCUGAACAGGUGGUGCUGCUGAGUGGCCACCUGGACAGCUGGGACGUAGGGCAGGGGGCCAUGGACGACGGGGGUGGCGCUAUGAUCACCUGGGAGGCCCUGUCUCUGAUCAAGGACCUGGGACUGCGUCCCAGGAGGACCCUGAGGGCUGUGUUGUGGACAGGAGAGGAGCAGGGAGGGGUGGGCGCUGCCCAGUACUUCCAGCAACACAAGGCAAACAUGUCCAACUUUGACCUUGUGAUGGAGUCGGACAUGGGCACGUUUGCCCCACUGGGGCUGCAGUUCUCUGGCAACGCCCGCGCCAGGGUGGUGAUGAGAGAGGUGAUGAACCUGCUGCAGCCCAUCAACACCACCGCCUUGGAGGAUCACGGAGAGGGCACCGACAUCUCCAUGUGGAUGGACGCCGGCGUGCCUGGCGCCAGCCUACACACCGCAAACAGGAAGUACUUCUGGUUCCACCACAGCGAGGGCGACACCAUGAGUGUCCAAGACCCCCUGGAGAUGAACCUGUGUUCGGCGCUGUGGGCCGUGGUGGCGUUUGUGGUGGCAGACUUGGAGGACAUGCUGCCCAGGUAGCAGAGUGACCGACGGGCGUCCAACCUCCAGGAACAGCUUGAUCCAAAAUGACAUCUCCCUCUCAGGGAUGAUAAACAAUGACCUGUAUGUGUAACCUACAUAUUGCACUUUUUCUCAGAUGUUGAAUUUACACUAUUAGUUUUGUGCACAAGUAAAUCCAGAUUUACAUUAAUCGCUGUAAAAUUACAACAACAAAAAACGAACGGUUGUCCUUCAGAUUGUUGAUACUGUACUCAUACUGUAAGGCCGAACAGAAUGAAUGGUAUUGGAUAUGGUGUGUUCUUAAUGUUAGUCUAUUUUCUUUUAUAAUACAUCCUUUCAGUAACUUAUAAUUUAAUGCAUUCUCAAUUUAAGUGUCAGUUGUACAUAAUUAUACACCUGGUGUGAAAUGUGAAUGUGAUUGUAGCCAUUAAGAUUCAAAUGUAGAGCCUAACUGUUGCUGCAGCAUAACACUUAGUUAUUGCAUCAACCCAUAAGGUAACAGAAUGACUGCUUUUGAGGUCUGAAUAAACAUAUUGUACCUUG